GGCAAGACGCACCCUCGGGGUAAAACGCCUCUUUCCAUUUACUCGGCCUGUAUGGACUUUAUGCGGAUGUCUAACGACUGCAGACAGUGCUGCCAUCAAACGGCUGGUGUAUACAAAAGCACAAACGCUGAUAACUGACGAUAAUGGUUCGGAUAUAUAAAAGGAAAACGGACCGAGGGAAGUAUGGUGGUGAAAAGCUCAAAUCAGCACUAAAUGCCCUAAAAGAUCAGCCGCUGAAGCAGGUUAGUCGCCAGUAUGGUAUUCCAGCUCGCACGCUACGUCGACACCGGGACCUCAAGGUGAAAUACAGCGGCGUUGUUGUUCUUGGGCCAAAGCAGCCAGUGUUGUCACAUGACGUCGAACGCUUACUGAUCCAACAUAUUACACACAUGGAGAGGUCUUUGUAUGGGCUAUCGACGGUCGAUGUAAGGCGACUUGCUUUUGAACUAGCUGAACGACUUGGCAUCAAGCACAACUUCAAAUCCGAAUCGAAGAUGGCUGGUCGUGAUUGGUUGCAAGGCUUCUUCGGUCGUCAUCCAGAUAUAGCUAUCCGCAUCACUGGUCAGUCAACUGAUGUGCCUGCCGUCGCUGGGAAAUCAACUGAUGCGCCUGCCGUCGCUGGGACAUCGAAUGAAGUUCCUACCGUGUCUGGUCAGUCGACUCAUGUGACUCUUGUCGCAGGUCAGUCAGCAGCCACAAACAUGUUUGCCACAUCACCAGAUACUCGUCCAUUGUCAUGCCAGUCAGCAGAGCAGAUCAUAGAAGAGCUGUCUCCACGACCCAAACUGUCACAUCGACGCCCUCGGACACGUGUUGCGGAAUCUGCUGAGGUGCUGACGUCGUCCCCAUACAAAAGCAGGUUGGUUGAGAUAGCGGAAAAGAAAACUAAAAAGACUGUGAAAGAACUAAGACCGGCAAAGAUGAUUACAAUGGGGAAAGGCCAGAGCAGUGGAAAAGGAAAAGGAAAGGCUAAACCAAGACCACGUAAGAAACAGAGGUGCGAAAUGAGCAGCAGUGAGGAUGAAGAGUGGCCAUGUCUUAUAUGUGGAGAACCAUUCGAAAACAGCAGACCACGCGAAGUGUGGGUCCAGUGCCAUGACUGUAAGAAAUGGGCGCACAGAGAUUGUACAGAGGGUCAAGACUGUUUUAUUUGUCCCAACUGUGAUUCAGAUAGUGACUGAUAUCUGAUUCAAUGAUACAAACACCAGUUCAGAUACAAAUGGGGGGCAAACUGUUGUUUUAAUGAAGUUCAGGUUUCUUCCUUGAUUAAAAGUUGAAAGUUUUGUUUCAUUUAUGCUGGGGCAUCUUACCCCACAUUAAAGGGCGUUUUGCCCCAGGCACGGGGCAAGAUGCCCCCUUGGAUAAAAAUAUUUUAUUAAAGAUUGCAUGUUCAA